CCAGUUAUGAAAAACCUCCUCCUGGGCUUAUCAAGGAAGAUGAGACUAAGCCAGAAGAUUGCAUACCAGAUGUACCAGGCAAUGAACACGCCAGGGAAUUUCUGGCUCAUGCACCAACUAAAGGACUUUGGAUGCCACUGGGGAAAGAAGUCAAAGUGAUGCAGUGUUGGCGUUGCAAACGGUAUGGUCACCGAACGGGCGACAAAGAAUGCCCUUUCUUUAUCAAAGGCAACCAAAAGUUAGAGCAGUUCAGAGUGGCACAUGAAGAUCCCAUGUAUGACAUCAUACGAGACAAUAAACGACAUGAAAAGGACGUAAGGAUACAGCAGUUAAAACAGUUACUGGAGGAUUCUACCUCAGAUGAAGAUGGGAGCAGCUCCAGUUCCUCUGAAGGUAAAGACGGAAGCACAAAUCUUCCAAGUCAAAUGAGAGUUCUGACUCAGAGUGACAAGGAUGUGACUUGUUCAACGUUCUCUUCUCACACACUGACCAAGGAACAGAGGAAGAUGCAGUCAGAGAAAGUAGCAGGAUAGAGAUGCAGAGACAGGAGGAUACGUGGGUCACAGCAGUGAGCUCCCACCUGCCUUCCAGUGAAGAUGUGACUCCAGGAGAGGGAGUGUCUCCUUCCAGGUGCUAGCUCUGGACAGCCGCUGAUUUUAGGUAGGAAAAGUUUCUUUGGUGUUGUCCUCCCUGCUGGUCACAUGAGUUUAUGAUUCCUUUGAAAUGUCUCCCACAGGGUGGCAGGACUGGGGGAGUCUCAGAGGUGUGUCUUCCAUGCCCUCCCACAGCUUGUGCCCUCCACAGUGUGGACUCAGGUCCCAUAGAUAUCAGGCUGGAGUCUUCUCUGUUGUUAAGAAUAAUAAAAGCUCAUUAUUUAUUUUUUAAA